CCCAACUUGCGGCUGUCCAUCUCACAGCUCUGGUCUCAUCCUCAACUCAACCACAACCAUGGCUCAGACGCUGCCUCUGAGCCUCCUGAGCCUGGUCCUGGCUCUCUGCAUCCCCUGGACCCAAGGCAGUGAUGGUGGAGGUCAGGAUUGCUGCCUCAAGUACAGCCAGAGGAAGAUUCCCUACAGUAUUGUCCGAGGCUACAGAAAGCAAGAACCAAGCUUAGGCUGCCCCAUCCCAGCAAUCCUGUUUUCCCCCCGGAAGCGCCAUCAGCCUGAGCUAUGUGCAAACCCUGAACAAAACUGGGUUCAGAAGCUGAUGCGACGUCUGGACCAGCCUCCCGCCCCGGGGCAGCAAAGUUCGGGCUGCAGGAAGAACAGAGGAACCCACAAGUCUGGAAAGAAAGGAAAGGGUUCCAAAGGCUGCAAGGGGACUGAGCCAACACAGAACCCAAGAGGGCCAUAGCCGGGUGACCAUCCUGAACUCCAGGAGAGUCUCCAUGGACUUCAUCUUGGCUUCAUGCCCCAACCAAUGGGCAAAGGGGGGGGGGCAGAAAACAGAAAGGACUCAGGAGCCCUGGAGCAGCCACCUCGUGCUGACCCUGUCACACCCCCAUCCUGCUUCAACCAUCCCAUCUGCAUGGCCAUCCCUUUCUUUCAUGGCUGAGCUGCCUUCCCUGGGCCAGACACGGAGAGUCAGAAGAAAGAGAGUCUCCCAAGGAAUGAGGAAGGAGACAGCCGGCCUGUCCCCUCAAGGAGGUCACUCGGGUCCCAAGACCUGACCUUGCUCUCCCUGGCACCCUACCCUUUUCCUGGCAAAUAUGAUUUAUGCAUA